AUGGAAGAGGAGCAGAGGGAAGCAGGCAAAGCUGGGAGUCUAGUCUUUGCCGUCAACGGACAGAGGUUCGAGGGGUCGUCGAGAUUAGACCCUUCAACAACGUCGCUUGAGUUCUUGCGUACCAGGACAUCUUUCAAGAGUGUCAAGCUCGGUUGUGGCGAAGGUAUCGUGGUUGUGGUGCUGCUGAGUGGAGGAGGGAGUGUGCCAGGACCAAAGGCCUCAGCAGAGGCUUGGGUGAACUUGGUUAAUGGGAUCCAAAAGGCGUCUUUAUCAACCCGUCUUGGAAUUCCUAUGAUUUAUGGAAUUGAUGCUGUUCAUGGCCAUAACAAUGUCUACAAUGCCACGAUUUUCCCUCACAAUGUUGGGCUUGGAGUGACCAGGGAUCCUCAGCUAGUCAAAAAGAUUGGUGAAGCAACUGCUCUUGAAGUUAGAGCUACAGGAAUCCCUUAUGCCUUUGCUCCGUGUAUCGCGGUUUGCAGGGAUCCAAGAUGGGGUCGCUGCUAUGAAAGCUAUAGUGAGGAUCAUAGGAUUGUUCAGUUAAUGACUGAGAUUAUACCUGGUUUACAAGGAGAGUUACCUGCCAAUUCCAAAAAGGGUGUUCCCUUUGUUGCUCCUGGAAAUACCAAGGUGGCGGCCUGUGCUAAGCACUUCGUGGGAGAUGGUGGCACAACAAAGGGCAUUGAUGAGAACAAUACUGUAAUCAGUAUGAAUGGAUUGCUUAAUAUUCACAUGCCAGCAUAUUAUAAUGCCAUCAGCAAGGGUGUUGCAACAGUUAUGGUGUCCUACUCGAGCUGGAAUGGGAAGAGGAUGCAUAUUAAUCGUGAUCUUGUUACCGGAUUCCUGAAGAACAAGAUGAAGUUCAGGGGAUUCGUGAUAUCAGACUGGCAGGGUAUUGACAGGGUUACCUCUCCUCCACAUGCUAAUUAUUCCUCUUCUGUGCAAGCAGGAGUUGAUGCUGGAAUUGACAUGAUUAUGGUUCCAUUUAACUUCACAGAGUUCAUUGAUGAGCUAACUUAUCAAGUGAAAAAUAAUAUUAUCCCUAUGAGCAGGAUUAAUGAUGCCGUACAAAGAAUUUUAAGGGUUAAGUUUGUCAUGGGUCUCUUUGAGAAACCAUUGGCUGAUCUCAGCAUGGCCAACCAACUUGGCAGUCAGGAACAUAGAGAAUUAGCGAGAGAAGCUGUGAGGAAAUCACUUGUUCUGCUAAAGAAUGGCAAGUACACUACUGCUAAGCCAUUGCUACCACUUCCUAAGAAAGCGCCAAAGAUACUAGUUGCAGGAAGCCAUGCUGACAACUUGGGCUACCAAUGUGGAGGCUGGACAAUAACAUGGCAGGGUCUUGGUGGGAAUGAUCUCACAACUGGUACCACAAUCCUCAAUGCAGUGAAGAAUACAGUUGAUCCUACCACCCAAGUCGUCUACAAUGAGAAUCCAGAUUCAAACUUUGUCAAAUCCAACAAAUUCUCCUAUGCUAUUGUUGUCGUUGGUGAGCCACCAUAUGCUGAAAUGUAUGGCGAUAGCUCCAAUCUAACUAUAUCUGAACCUGGCCCCAGUACCAUCAACAGUGUGUGUGGAGCUGUCAAAUGUGUCGUCGUUGUUAUAUCUGGGCGCCCUGUUGUGAUCCAGCCCUAUCUUGAAAAAAUAGAUGCUCUUGUUGCUGCAUGGCUUCCAGGAACAGAAGGCCAAGGUGUUGCUGACAAUCUUUUUGGUGACUAUGGGUUCACUGGAAAGCUUGCACGAACAUGGUUCAAGACAGUUGACCAGCUUCCAAUGAACGUUGGCGAUCCACAUUAUGAUCCUCUAUUUCCAUUUGGGUUUGGUAUCACAACUAAACCUGCCGAAAACUAGAAAUUCGCCAAUUUCUGAGUGAUGUCCUGCAUUAUUCACAUCUUGUCCCACUCCUUCGUGGUAAAAAAAACUUGAGGCUGUUUCCCAUCUCCAUGAGGAGCUCUAUAGAGUGUUAAGAAAGAAUAGACAAGGUGCAGAACUGCUCCAAGCUGUAAGAUUCUAAAACCUUUUUGGGUUUUAAUGACUAGCAUCGUAUCUUCAAAAUGAUCCAAGGUCCAGGUUAUGAAGUGAUCAAUUCAAUCUUUUAAUCAAUACACCAUUGUUUUUU